AUGUCCACCGCUCAGACUCUUCAAGACUUGCAAGAUGUCAAUGCCUUUCCGUGGGAUAUCGGCGUCUUCGACGUACACUGUCAUCCGACCGACACCAUGGCCUCGAUAGCGGAUAUCCCUGCGAUGAAAGCCCGAACUCUUACUAUCAUGGCCACCAGAGGCGAAGAUCAAGAAUUAGUACAAGAAUCGACAAUGUCAGUGAAUAAAGCAAAUCAAUCCAGUGAAGAAGAGAAGGUGAUACCGGCAUUUGGCUGGCAUCCGUGGUUCUCUUAUCAGAUCUUGGAUGAUUCCAAUGCUUCCAAUCUGGUAGACAAAGAUGCGCAUUACUCGACCGUUCUCGCACCUUCACCCUCGGAAGACGUCGAAUUUCUCAAGGGACUUCCAGAGCCAAAGCGUCUGUCUACGCUUAUAGCUGAGACCCGAGACCGAUUGAAGCGAUUCCCCCACGCCCUGGUCGGCGAGGUGGGUUUAGACAAAUCAUUCCGCCUCCCUGGGGCGUGGACUCCUCAAGAUCUUGAGGAUCGUGAUAAAGGAAUGACUCCAGGAUCACGGGAAGGUCGCCCUCUGUCUCCUUAUAAAGUCAAGAUAGACCAUCAAAAAUCUGUAUUGAAAGCGCAAUUACGCCUGGCGGGUGAACUGCGGCGUCCCGUCUCGGUGCAUAGCGUCCAGUCUCACGGAGCUGUAUUGGUAGUACUCCGAGAGUUAUGGAAGGGCCAUGAAAAGAAAGUCAUGUCCCGACGAGAACGACAGAGACUCCAGGACGCCGAAGGGGCGCUAUCCGACGAUGAGAGCGCAGGAACCGAGAGAGAUCAAGCAAAUGACUCUGAAACACCGCAGCAAAAACCCACCGAAGAGCACACGAGUGAUACAAAGCCCCUUCCAUUCCCUGCGCGCAUCUGCAUGCAUUCCUACUCUGGCCCUGUUGAACCUAUCCGCCAGUUUCUGCACGAAUCGAACCCGUCCGACAUUUACUUUUCAUUCUCGGCAGUGAUCAACUUCAGUGGCUUGUCGUCCCGCAAAGCACUGGACGUAAUCAAGGCACUGCCGGCGGACCGUAUCUUGAUCGAAAGCGAUCUCCACAUGGCGGGAACCCAGAUGGAUAAAUUACUUGAAGAUGCGGCACGCCAAAUUUGUCAAGUGCGCGGAUGGGAGCUGCGCGAGGGGGUCCAUCAACUUGCUGCCAAUUACAGAAGAUUCAUCUUUGGUUGA